AUGUUUCAACUUUCCCGCCAACAGUCGACCGGAUCGUCGCCCGUCCCGUCGUCCUCAUCCGCCGCCGCUACGUGGCAACACGCGACGCGCUACGAUCGUCCUAUGCCGGGUUUGCAUCCGUCACUGCAUCACGGCACCGGCGCAAAGGCGCCGCAGCAGACGCAGACGCAGCCGCCAGCGUGGAUUUGGCGGGAGCCAUCCAAGAUGAACGCCAAUUCAGCAUUGGUCUCCAACAACGCACCGCCGCUGCCUGCCAUUCGACUGACCAGUCCAGACACCUUCUUCGGUCAGGAGGAUCCAGCGUCAGUAUCGUACUCGGCUGCGCUGUUGCUUCAAGGCGGUGCGACGACCGAGAGCGUGAACGCGUUUCCAACCGAUGCGCGCCAAUCCUCAAACCCAGUCCAUUGGCAGGAGACAGGACCACAAACGCGUGUGCACCCGCAGCGCCAGCAGCAGCAAGUGCAACAUCACCAGCAACACGCGCAACAGCGAGUGCCAAACGCUGAGCAGCACGAUCGCCAGCCGCUUGUGCGAGGUUCAAGCCAAAAGAGCAUGCAAGCGCAGCCGCAGCGUGCUUUCAUCACGCAUCCAACCUUUGGAGCCAAGUUACAAGCGUAUGGUCCUGCUGCUGGGCUGCAGUCUGCGAGACAUUCUGGUCGACCAUUGGCGCCCUCGCUGGGUUUCCCGCCAAGUCAUUUUGCUCCCUUGGCGCCCGCGUCGAACGGUGCCAUGCCGACGACACUGCGAGGAAUGGAAAGCAUGCCCUACGUGGCUGAGCAGUACUCAUCGUCUGCGUCGACCAGCACGGCCGCCCAAGUCAUCGAAGCGCUUUCGCACAGGAACGAGCAAGCGGUGCCUUCCAAUCGGGACGGAUUGACGCUCUCUCCCCUCCCUCUAUUCGCUGAUGAGCCAUCCGUCCUACUCAAGUCCAGCACUACCACAAGCGCGCGUUCGGCCGACGAGCUGCCUCUGGCAGCGUACUUUGCGGCGGAUUCUGCGAAGGUGCCGACCCUGCCGCCUGCCAGACCAACCGGAGUGAGUGCAUCACUCAGAGAUACGACGACCACCACUGCUGAGUCUCGAGGCAGUAGCUUGCAGAGUCAGGUUCGCCGCGUUCCCCAGCCGCGAGCGUCCACGACCUCGCGCAACGUUGAGUCGACCGCGAUUCCUCUCGUGGCGCCCAGCCCAGUCAAGGCAGCCCGUCCUCGUAAGCUAUCUCGUCUGGAUCCUACCUCCAAGACCAUCCGUAGGCUGGUGUUUGAUGUUCAAGCGGAACAGACUGUGCCGUCCAUGCCGGCAAUUCCAAGUCCUCGCGCCCGUCCAGCUCCAGCUCCAGCUCGCGCUGUACCUGCUGCCGAAAUCCCCGCAGCCACCGUGCCGCAGCCCUUGCAUGAUGAUCCAGAGGUUGCAGCGUCAUCGAAGACGACGUUGUCCAGUGAACAUGUCCAAAAGCUAAAGGACUUCUUGCGCUUUGUUGAGGAAUCCGAAGAUAUUUGCCAGUUUCUCUCUCUCAGCGAGUACACUGAUAACUACAUGGUUGCCGCUGUGUUUGUCUACUUUUGCCGAGCUCAACUCCAAGCUCACGAGUUCACCAGGGCGAACUUCUUUGCAAUGCUACACCUUGCUCAUGUCAUGGAAGAAGACAAAGGGAUCGGCAAGCUCCAUGUCGUUGGCUUCCACAUUGGCUGUGAGCCUGACAUUACGGCUGAAACCUUGAAGGCCGGCGCUGGCCCAAACUACACGGAAUGGCAAAAGUGGAGGGAAGCGUUGCGUCAAUUUGACGCCCUCAUUCUCGUCCUCUGGCAGCGCAUGGAUCAUCGCGCAGCCCUCAGCCACAAACUCUGCGACAUGGUGAUGGCGGCCGUGCCAAGCCGGUUGUGGGGACGUGUGCGGCACCUCUCGGAUGUCAAACGUUAUAUGAAUAAGAGUCGUUGA